AUGGAUAUUAAAUCAACACGAUCUACCACUGACCUUACACAAACAACUAUUGAUUCUUUACUAUUACCUUCUACAAAAGAAAAACAACUAUUAUUAAUGAUGUCAAACUCUGAACAAAUUAAUUUUGAUUCUACACUUACAACACUUGAUAUUAAUAAAAAUGUUAAAAAUGUUACGGAAACAACCACAUAUACGCUAGGUCAUGAUUUAGAUGAUCAGCGACCAACUAAAAAUAAUCAAAAACAGCAGUAUUUGGUACAACAACAAUUAAACUCAAUACAAAAAUUUGAUGGACAUGGUAAUCCAAAAAUUUGGUUAAAACUUAUUAUAGAAAAAUUUGAUUUAUUACAACUCACAUCGCUGGAACGUAAUGAAUUAAUUUCAGAAAUUUUAACUGGUGACGCACUUAUUUGGUAUAUUAAACAACAAGAUGACAUGCCAACUUUUAUUACGUUUAUGAAGAAAUUUUUACAAGAUUUUGAUACUGAAGAAUUAAAAACGGAUUUAUCAAAAAAAUUUAGAUCCUCAGCUAUGUUAUUGAAGGAAUCAGAAGAUACUAUGACAAAUUGUUUACGAAACCAACUAUUAAUCACGAACCUCGAAAAAUUACAAAAAUAUUCCGGCAAAUCCCAACAAAAUGUAGCUAAAUGGUUACGAGAACUUGAACAAACAAUGAAUAUCUUUAAAUUAACAGAUGAGGAAAAACUUUUUUAUGUAUCUUUAUGUUUAGAAGCAAAUGCACGAGAUUGGUUUUAUGAUAAUCCGCAUCUAUGUACAACGUGGUCCAUAUUUACACAAAAUUUAUUAAAAACAUUUGAAUCUUCAGGAAAAGCUGAUAUUUCUUUUAAUCGAUUACGUCAUUAUGAACAAAGUAUAAAUCAAGAUGUCAGACAAUAUUAUUUUGAUAUUAUGAAAUUAUGUAAAGAAGCUAAUCC